AUUAAAGGACUGGGGGAGGAAAAAGGGAAGCAGGACAUGUGAUACGUACUGCUGAUGAGCUGACUAAAUAUAAAGUCACAGUAACAGGAAAGUAAUCAACUAGCUAGCUACAGACAUCGCUGAUGUCAGGCGAAAAGUAUAUUUUGCCCUCUGACGUUUAAGUCUGUGCUUGCUCUGUGUUACUCAUAUGUGUUAUUCAUCAUUAAAUAAUGUUAUCCAUUAUUUGGUUUCGGCAAUAAACCCAGAAACGUAGAAGGGAAAGUAGUUACCAGUGCUGUUGUCUCUCAGAAGACCAGUACAGUUACCUAGGUGACUUGGUCUCUUCUGCUAUGCUAGUCUGUCUUGCAUUGCAGACUGGUAGUCCUGGAAAUGUUAUGGACUGUUCUUAAGCUUCAAAAAUGAACAGGAGCAGUUGAGCACAGAGAUCUGUACUGUAUUGCAGGUGCUCAGGUUAUUAGGGAGAGUGUUUUUUACCCUUUAAACUAUGGAAGUGGCAUUAAAUGAGUAGUCUGAAGGAGAAGGCAGUUUCUGAGUUUGAAGAAAUUGCCUUGUCCUCAAAACUGAACUUAACUGUUGCUGUUGAGAUGAAAUUAGUUACCAGCUGUGUGGAAUGGUCUGUGUUUUAUGUAAGUGUUUCUUUCUUUUGUUGAUUUCUUUGUCUUUUCCAGUUGGUUAAAUGCCUUGUCUUUGACAGCAUUUAAACACAGAUGCAGGUCCUAUCAGCUGCAUCUUAAGGUUAAUGUAGACUUUCUUCCAGGUCCAGCCUAUUCGGUAAUGACCUUUGAGUAUGCUUACUCAGUGUUGUAAGGUCCCUUUUAUUGCAUGUCAUGUAAAGGGUUGAUUUUUAUUCCUGCAAUGCCAGACGAAGAAACACUAGGCUGGUGUGAGGCUACUUGACUUGUGACAAAUGAACAAAAUUCUCAUAGUUUAGGGAGAGUUUCCUGCCUUUGCCCUCAGAACCUGCUUUGGUUAGAAGACAAAUCAGUCUAUUUUAUUGGCGGAUAGCGAAGGAUGAUGGCAGGCAAUAACCAGCUUUGCAUUCGACGUUGGACUACCAAGAACGUGGCCAAGUGGCUGAAGGAAGAGGGCUUCUGUGAAUACGUGGAUGUUUUGUGCAAUAGACACAGGCUAGAUGGAAUUACACUGCUGACGCUUACUGAGUAUGAUUUACGAUCCCCUCCCUUGGAAAUCAAAGUCCUGGGGGAUAUCAAAAGGCUAAUGUUGUCCAUACGCAAACUACAGAAGCAACAUAUUGAUGUCCUAGAAGAGCUGGGUUACAACAGCGAUAGUCACAUUGGCACAGCGUGCCCAAGUGUUGGUUCACUACAGGGUACAGAUUGGUUUUGUAAUGGUGAAGUACCUCGGGACUACGAUGGACCAAUUACUGACUUGAAUGGUGAUCAGUAUCAAUAUGCAAAUGGGAAGAACAAACACUCUACGCGGAGACUGGACCCAGAGUAUUGGAAGACAGUUUUAAGUUGUGUGUAUGUCUUCAUAGUGUUUGGCUUUACAUCAUUCGUUAUGGUUAUAGUACAUGAGCGAGUACCUGACAUGCAAACAUAUCCACCUCUACCAGACAUAUUUCUAGAUAGCGUCCCUAGGAUACCAUGGGCUUUUGCUAUGACUGAAGUAUGUGGCGUAAUUCUUUGCUACAUUUGGCUGUUGGUUCUUCUGCUUCACAAACACAGAUCUAUACUUCUGCGAAGGCUGUGCAGCCUCAUGGGGACAGUAUUCUUACUACGUUGCAUUACAAUGUUUGUUACCUCACUUUCUGUGCCAGGCCAGCACUUGCAGUGUACUGGAAAGUUGUAUGGCAAUGUUUGGGCAAAACUCCAGCGGGCAUUUGCAAUAUGGAGUGGCUUUGGAAUGACUCUGACUGGAGUACAUACGUGUGGAGAUUAUAUGUUCAGUGGCCACACUGUCGUCCUGACCAUGCUCAACUUCUUUGUCACAGAAUAUACACCAAGGAGCUGGAACUUCUUGCAUACCUUAUCCUGGGUCCUGAAUCUCUUCGGAAUCUUCUUCAUUUUGGCUGCACAUGAACAUUAUUCUAUAGAUGUCUUCAUUGCCUUUUACAUCACUACAAGACUCUUUUUGUAUUACCAUACGUUGGCUAAUACUAGAGCAUAUCAACAGAGUAGGAGAGCAAGGAUCUGGUUUCCGAUGUUUUCUUUUUUUGAAUGCAAUGUUAAUGGUACUGUUCCAAAUGAAUAUUGCUGGCCCUUCUCAAAACCUACUAUAUUGAAAAGACUGAUUGGCUGAAGAGUGUGUGGGGCAAUUCAGAUUUUUAUGAAGCAUUGUGACUAAGAUCCUACAAGGCUAGCUGGGAGAGGAUGUAAAGUAAUAUAUUUUUUUUUUUUUCACUCCAUGAUCUCCUCAUUGUCUUGUUUCUUAGAUUCUUAGCCAUAAAAUGAGGUUCCCAUACUUCACAGGGAUGUGUUUUGUUUUCUUGUGCUUUAAUAGAAAACAGUGCAGGAACCGGUAAAGGCUAUCAGUAAACCAUGAAUAUGAACCAGAAUACUGUUACCCUUGGUAAGGUUCUAUGUCAAUGUUUAAGUUACUUUAACCUCAAAUAUAUGCUUGUACUGGAUAUAAUAUACCCUUUACAGGUCCAAAUAAUCUCCGUUAUCUGACAUGCCAGCUUUUACACAUACUGACUAAAAAAUUAGAACUUUAUGAAGAUUUUCUUUUAAACCAGUCGUAAAUGUGAUUUUCAAACAAACAAACUCUGUGUAUACGUAAAGAUUGAGGAGUACUGUGUCAUAAUGAGGAAAGCAGUAUAGUUCCUUGCUAAAAGGGUCUCUUAACCGUUAAAUAACGAGUCUUAAAGUAUAAUUAACAGUAUAAAUGGUCUGCAUACAGGUUGCCAAAAAUGAAAGUCUGCCUUGUGGCUAUGCAGUGAUGAUGUUUUUUUAAUGAGAGCUUAUUUAGUCUAGUCUAUCAGUUGUCUAUAUGGUUGUUCUAGCACUUGGAAGUUUUCCCUUUUGUGUUUAAAUAAAUGAGUUUAAGUAAAUGCUACAUCCAAUGAAAGUGAAGUUAAUUUAGCUUUAGCGAGUUUAAAGCCACAAAAUAACUUUUCUUUGUGGUUCUAAUUGCUUUAUACCCAAACCUGUGCAUGCUUUUUAGGAGCAGCUCUUUAACACUGGAAAAACAGAACAGUUAUCUUCAUAUAUCUUACUGUCCCAUAAAUGGAUGGGGAAAAUGCAUGUAGUAACUCUUUCAGGAAAAGUAACAAUAGUGAGUAUUGGAAAUAGUGCUCAUGUUGAUGUAUGUUUUAGCACUCUGGUGUCAACAAUAUGGUGAAUCUCUGGAUAUAUAUAUAUACACAGUAUAUUUGUUUAUAUAUAUAAACACACACAGUGUGUGUUCUUCUAACAAGUAUGAAAAGAGAUUAGUUCUUAAGUUGCUCAUUUACUACACAGAAGAAGUACCAUAAGCAGUUGAGUUUUGGUUGUUUAAAAAACCCCACAAACCCACAACCCCCCUCUCCCCCCCCAACCAAACAUAACAAAUCACCCCCAAAAACCCCAGACCAACAUUCUGAGUCCUUAAUGCAUAAGCAAGGGUCACACAGUUGGUGAUCUCUUAUGCAGUGGUCUGUAAGGGGACAAUACUAAUGUUGGCUGUAGAGACUUGAAAUUAGAUUUAUGCUACAUGAAAACUGAUAGGUAAAAGGCGCAAAUCAUAAAAAAUGGUGUAGACCUUUUAGUUCGGUUACUGUAAUUUCAGAAUAGGUGGUAUGUGCAAAAGGGUGUGUAAGUCAGCCUUGGAAAGUUACACGGAGCAUUUCCAGCUUGGUACAAGCUGACUUAAUGGCCACAACAUACUUAGGUGUCCAUGGAAAAGAAUUCCUUUGGAAUUUUGCAAGACAGUUUUGUAUUUGGAGGCUUGUAACCUACUGUGGGCUGCUACUCGCUGUACUGUGUUCCUUUUAUAAACCUGGAUUGUACUAACUUGACUAUCUGCUGCUCUUUGUAGCAUAUUAUUUCUGUAACUUAAUUUAGCUCCUAUUCCACAGAGGAGCUGUGCUUCUAUAGAGUAUCUCUGCCAGCUGUAUUGAGCACACAUACUUUGUACUAUUCUGCAGACUUUUGUAUUCGUAACAUUCCAAUUCUUUAGCAAAAUUGCAAGUGUAAUCCUAUAUUGUUCAAUCUGCCAUAGCCUAAUGGCUCUUGCCAUCCAAAUUAGGGGAGUAUGCGUACACUUAAGAAAAAAAGGGGAUAAAUUUUUCUGAAAGAUUUAAAGACUUUUCAUUUGCUGUCCUUACCUUUCUGAUUUCAGAAAGGCAAUUUGAACAUUCCUGUUGAGACUUUAUAAUCAAAGAGCUCUAUUUGUUAAUUUAUAUUUGCCUUUGCAAUGCACAGCUAUGAACGCUAUUUUUUAAACUCUAGGAAAGCAUCUGUUCUUAGGAUAUGCAGGAUUGUAUUCUGAGUUAUAACAUAUGGAGAAGUAGGCAAUUAAACUUGCAAAGCUGUUGAUUCUGAAAAGAACCAUGUCGGUGCUAACUGGCAUAGCUGUAUCUAACCUGAGAAAUUAUCUUGCGACUUAGACAUGCAGAAGAAUUUUCAAGUAUAGCCCAGUGUAAAAAUGUUUACAUAAAGUAAAGCUAUCAUUUCAAUACUUUUUUUUUCUAAAUGAAGUUCAUAUAUUUUGAAACAUAAGGCUUCUCCUUUUGUUCUAAUUUAAUUUUUCAAAUUCUGUUAAGUAAAUACAUGUCUUAAAUGAGCAUUGCCUAUCAGUGUUUUUUAAAGGAAACUUCUUUUGAGCUGUUCCUCUUGAUACUAAAUAUCUGCGUCCAAGAUAAGUGAUAUACAGAGGCUGGUUUUGUGAGCACUGAAGUGGGUUAAAACAUUGUCAGGAUAAUUGUCCUCCUCUAUUUUGGAAGUUAAUUUUGUCUGUCUAUAAACACACAAGAGGAAGGCUUGAAAUUCAUAGAAAAAAUCUGAUUUCACAUGCAAAAGAGCACAGGUCAAUCUGUAGAGUUGGUAAUGUAAGCUUUAUUGUUAAUUAGAUGGAAGCAAGUGACAAGUAACUGACAGGCUUAAAAUUCUGUACCUCCUUUUUAAAAAGUCAGUGUUUUAAAAGUAUUUUGCUGCUUCUCUGCUGCUAACAAGCCUUUUUAAGUAAAGGCAGCAGGGCAUCGUUGGGCCUUGGAUUUAAUGCUAAAUAUGUUCAGGGUUGUCCUUCCCUUAUGUUCAUGCACCAGUCUUUUUGCUGUCCUUUAACUUGCUGCAUUAUUUUGUGCAAAGUCAUCUUGUGUGGUCUGUGGGAGUGCAUGCGUAGUCUGAAUUCAGGGUAAUGAAGUAUGGUAUUAUGUCAGCAAGUGCAAGUGUCUAACUACAUUAGUCUAGUACUACAAAGUGCACAAACUAAGCAAGUAGAAAAGUCUUAGCUGAAUAACUCUGGAUAUACAAAAGAAGGGGAGGGUCACUUUUCUGUAGCUUAGCAAAUCUGGUAAUAUUUGAGACUUGGCAAUAGUCUCCAGCUCUUCCUUAUUAUCAGUUUGCAGAUAAGUAUGCAAAUACCUGAAAAUGAUAGACAUGUAGUCAAUCCCCCCUCCUUUUUUUCUUUUUCUUUUUUUUUUUUCUUUGCACCUUAUGACACAGUUUCUUGGAAUAGCUUUCCUAGACUUUUUGCCUUUAGUUUUUCCUUUCUGGAAGAUCCCUUAAGCUUACACCUGCAUACAGAAAUUAGACUUUCAUAGAUGUGGGUUUUGGCAAAUUCUGAUUACACUGACAAAAGCUUAUGGAAGGAUCUUCAAGCAAGGUUCCUCCAACUGUUCGAGAAUAGUGAUAUAGAAAACUUCCAUAUAUGUUAACUAUCUUCAUGUCCUGUUGCAAACAAGAUAACACACAAGUGUUGGUACAGAAAUGUGCAUAGGCCUGAAGUAUUUAAAUGUCCAAGACUAGCAAAAAUUGGGUCAUGUAAGUAUACUGCUUGUGAUGAAGCAAAUGAUAAGCUUAAUUUUAAGCAAAUCACUAAAUACCCUGACUUCAGUGAGGGUUGCCAUUGAAGGUUGCCAUUUUCUUGGAUAAGGCCAAGUGCGUGCUGUGUGUGUGGUAUGCUGCUUCAUUAAUGGGAAUAAGUAAUGUCACUUUCUUUUUUAGUUUUUCCCUGAUAUUCCUGCCCCCCUCCCAUCUACUAAGAAAACAUUCCAGUAGCAUUUCAAAUAAAUUACUACUUAACUGAAUUCUGAGAGAACAGGUCUGUAAAAAAAAAAAAACCCAAAACAUAAAAAUAAAACCUUGAUAGGUAACUGCUAUUAGAAGCAAGAGUCAGUUAAAUGAUUUGGAAAAAAACAGUUAUUUUUUGAUGCAAGCAUGUUAAAUAAGGUUAUUUAGAAGUAUGGAAACCCUUCAACAAGGAUAAAAGCACAGGUUCCUAUAAUCUUCCUCUGUGUAUGGCUGUGUCUCGUAGUGCCAAAAAGAGUAUUGAAGGGAGAGGGGGAAGUGUUGAACUCGGACGUCAGUACAAGUCUCUUUUGCAAUCUCCUUGGGGUUUUUUAUGCAGCGCUUGCAUACUUCAGAGCUAUACUUGUUCAUUACUGUUUAGCUAGUUUUUCGAUGUACAAGAGUCCACUACGUUUCCAAACACCAAGACUAUUGGGGAGCUGAGUUUUAAUCAUUAAAUAUGCAUUUGAAGAAAUAGCAAGUGUCUGGGGGGGAGGGAAGUAGGUUUUGUGGACCUGGAGUAUAACAAAAGUAACCUGUAAUGACUAUGAUAGUUUUUCAUCCUGUCCAUGUACUUUCUACUGAAGAGUUAGGGAGAAUUUGUAGUAAUCUACAGAUGAUGUUGAGUUUUCUGGGGUUUUUUAAUAAUCUAGGAUACUUUUAUAAAAACUUGACCUGUAACUACAAAAACCAUCAUAGUCUUGUCAAGAUGGAAGUAUAUUUGGCAGAAGUCCUAGCAGUGAGUCAGCUUACCCUCUGAAUUAUUUUGUGCAUGUAGACUUUAUCAAUCAAGGGUUAAUUGGUAGGCCACUGGUGGUUCAUACAGAUUACUAUUGCUGAUGUAGCUUUGACAUUGUCACUAUUCUAAUAGAAACAGUAUUUUGGGGCGGGGGGGCGGGGGGAAGUCCUUUGGAGUGAACCUACUGAUGUCGUCUUCAUUAUAUGAAGAAAAACACCCCAAACCCCUUCACAACCUUUAAAACACUAUAGUAUUGUGAAUGCUGAACUUUCCAUAUAGCAGUUUCCUGCAUACUUACCACUUGUGUCUUAAGAAAUUUGCAGUGAGUAUUAUGUACAUAAUUCAGUGACAUGCACAUUUUUAAAGCCAGUUUGUAAUAGGUGUGUAAGAACUUAAGAUGGUAACUGUGGAGCACAAUAACCUGACCUGUUAGCCCAGUGACUGCAUAGUUAGAAAGACUAACUGUAACUUAGUUUUGCUCUUUCAACUCAGUUUUGUCAAAUAAGUUUGUCAAAUAAGAGAAAUACGUCAAAUGUGAGAAACCACAAACUGCAUUGUACAUGGUACUUAAUGUAAUAGGCAUGUAGAAACGUGAUUUUUCACACUGAACUGUUACUUCAAUUUGUUCCUACAGAGAAAAUAGUAUUACCUUAUGGCUAGAAGGUAUGCCAGUGAAGUUUAAAGUGAGUAUUGUAAAUAAGUAAAUAUUGUUUUGAUUCUAAACUCAGAUUGAAUUAAUAUAUUGUUUUAUAUCUUUGUUGUAUUAAAACAUAUUUAAAAGUACUAAAAUAAAAUAUUUGAAAGAUGACAAAUGUUUGAUGUACUUUAUAUGUAAAAUGAUGGCUCAUUAUCUCUGUUAGUGUUGUGACCAUAAAAGUAUACCUGAGUAAUCUAGGUUUUAGAGUUAUUUUUCCCCAAAGCUCUGUUUUACUGGUGUGAAAAUGCAUGCUGCAGAAUGCAUAUAUGAGCAUGCCUAAUGUUUUUGCCAGUUGUAAAUUGUUUUGGCAAAUCAUUUAAAUAUUUUUGUUAUUAAAAAGUUAAAAUUAUUCCAUCUUGUCAGAUCUCAGUUAAGUAUGACGAGAGCUUUCAAAGAUUCCCUUCAGCUGAAGUAACUAGUGUCUCUAGGUAUGGUGGUGAGUAGUGUUUACAGUAAAUCAGUCUAUAAAAACUGUUGGAAAAACUGCGAAGGGGUAAAGUUAACUUCUGAAAACUUACACACUCUUCUAAGGGGUUUGUAUGUUAGGUCUCUUGCUAUCAGUCACAGAUUUCAGUCAUCUGGUACGUGAAAGGAUGUACACUCGUUCCUACGGAGAAACUUAGUAUACCAGUUAUGCUGUGUGCCCUGGAGUUGUAUGUUCAUUUUGUAAAUGGCAAUUUUGAAAUAUAUUUUGUGACCUUAAUCUAGGUAAAAUAUCUUCCAAUUAGUGUGAGACAGGUAAACUUAAUGUACUGAACCAUUAGAAAGUUUGUAAUUUACCUCCCUCUGAAUUAUAAAAUCUUGAUCAAUGUAAUUUAGAGAAUGAAUCCUGAAUAUGAAGCCUUUCCUCAGUAUGAUUUUUUUUUUAAAUCAGUUGUUAAAGACAAGAUUCAAAAA